GUAGCAAUGGAGAUGCGGAAUGGAAAUAUCAGCUCCAGGCCUAUGAAACCAAACAAUUCUGCGCCACAAACAUCUAGGUAAAACCUAUAGAUGAAUUGAACACAUGACAAAUGCAUACAGCUUAAUUAGUAUAGGACGAUGGUAUGAGGUAUAUCAUUUGACUACCCGACUCAGAACUUUCAAAUCAUCCUUGCUUUGUACAUCAGAAUCUCUAUCUACCUCAAAAUCACCUAUGUUGGAGUCACUCGUUGCACAGUCAAUCUGUGUACAUUAUUCGACAAUAGCCACGUCAUCUCCGUCCCUUUGAGGGCUGUCAUAAGCAUGGAGAAGAAGAAAUUUGUGUUCCAGCUUGACACGCCUUACACAGCUGUCUCAUGGCCUCAGAUCACAUUGGAAGAUCAAGACACCAUUCUGGAGCUUCUUUGCACAUUACUCACACCCAUCGGGCAUCACCGCGCGGAGUAUGUAAAGCCGUCCAAGGGAAAGAAGGAGAGGAAAAGGAAACAUAAGGAAACGGAAGAUGGCGAACCUCAGCCCGCGAGUCCUCCAGCUCCUGAACUCGCUUCCUUUGUCGACGUGGGCCUUUCGGUCGUAACUCGCAACCUGCAAGACAAAGCCGCAAGCGCUGGUGGUAAUGGCCCGGAAGUGAGACCUGAGCCCAAUACUAGCAAAGAGACUAAAUCAAGUCCGCCUAGUUACUCAGCGAUAUUUGUCGCACGAUCUGGGCAGCCUAACACGAUCAAUAAUCAUUUGCCUCAAAUGGUAGCUGUUGCCUCGAGCAAGACUCCUGCAGAACAAACAGUCAGGCUCGUUGGGUUCUCUAAAUCCUGCCAGGAUCGAUUAUCAGAAGCCCUUGGUAUACCAAGAGUUUCUGUCGUUGGGCUACGUGAGGAUGCACCUGCCUCUAAAGCUCUUGUCGAAUUCAUUCGGCAACACGUGUCGACGAUAGAGAUUGCAUGGCUCAAGGAAGCUCGAGAGGCAGAUUUCAAGGAGACAAAGAUUGACACCAUUGAAACAUUCAUUGGUGAAAGGAAAAAGGGCAAACGAGGUGAUGGAGUGGGAAAUACUCCUUGUUCCCAGAGUGGCAUAAGACCAACAUGAAUGGGGGACUUCAGGGUCCCGUAUAUGAUAUGUUAUAUGACGGUAUGAUCCGCGAAAUAUAGCCAUAUACCUGCGUCAUCUUAGUCCGAAUCUGUUGAAUCUUUUUGCCAUCGUCUAAUUUAAUUUAUCAAGGUUCAUACACAUUUCCGGUCAGCAUGGAUGCCCCAUCCAAUGUCAUCUGGGGGUGUGAUAGUUGAAGAACAAUAGCAGC